AGAUAUGCAAUCAUCUCAUGGUACAUAUAAAAGUUUAGUUGUUCCAACAUAUCUGAACUCCUACAAUUUGCAUACAACAGUUUCACGUACGAGUUUAACAGUAUAGAGAUGCUUCUCAAUGCAUCGAGCUCUGUUAGUGCAUCCAAUAAAAGAUGGCACUCUGCAUUCAUGGCCAUCUAUUGCUCCCGAGCUAUCAUGUCACUCUCCGCUCGAAACAAAACAUACAAAAUCAAAGAAAAAGUCUCACCUACACCAACACCACCGCCAUAUUUCGUCAUGGUUGAUUUCAGCCCUCACCGUUCCUUUGGUAUUGAUCAAACAGUCCUCACGGAUAUUGUCAAAGAUAAAGACCUUCAGAGCCUUGAUACAUUUGGUGGAGUUGAAGGGGUGGCAACAGCCCUUGAAACCCACCUCGAGUAUGGUAUCAAAGGUGCUGGUGGUGGUGAUGAUGAAGACAUCACACGUAGAACACACGUGUUUGGUUCCAACACUUACCACAAACCACCUUCCAAAGGGUUCUUCCACUUUGUGGUGGAAGCCUUUAAGGAUGUCACCAUUCUCAUCCUUUUGGCUUGUGCUGCUCUUUCCCUUGGCUUUGGCAUCAAGGAACAUGGAAUCAAAGAAGGUUGGUACGAUGGUGGAAGCAUAUUCGUUGCAGUGUUCAUUGUGGUUUCCUUGUCAGCAGUGAGCAACUUCAGACAGAACAGACAGUUUGACAAGCUGUCCCAGGUGAGCAAUGACAUACAAAUUGAUGUGGUGAGAAGUGGGAGGCGUCAGCAUUUGUCAAUCUUUGAAAUAGUUGUCGGUGAUGUCAUUUGCUUGAAGAUUGGGGAUCAAGUGCCAGCAGAUGGGUUGUUCAUUGAAGGGCAUUCACUUAGAGUGGAUGAAUCAAGUAUGACAGGAGAGAGUGAUCAUGUUGAAAUCAGUAGACAGCACCCUUUCUUGUUCUCAGGCACCAAGGUGGCUGAUGGGUAUGCGAAGAUGCUCGUUACCUCAGUUGGUAUGAACACAACAUGGGGCCAAAUGAUGAGUUCGAUAAGCCGGGAUAAUGAUGAGCAAACUCCUUUGCAAGAGAGGCUAAACAAGCUAACAUCGUCCAUUGGAAAGGUUGGUUUGGCUGUGGCUUUUCUUGUCCUUGUUGUUUUGCUGGUUAGGUACUUCACAGGGAAUACGAAGGAUGACCAUGGGGUCAGAGAGUACAAUGGAAGCAAGACCAAGUUUGAUGACAUAAUGAAUGCUGUUGUGGGAAUUGUUGCUGAUGCUGUUACCAUUGUUGUUGUUGCAAUCCCCGAGGGUCUUCCAUUGGCUGUGACGCUCACUCUGGCUUAUUCAAUGAAGAAAAUGAUGGCUGACCAAGCAAUGGUGAGAAAGCUCUCAGCAUGUGAGACAAUGGGUUCUGCCACCACAAUUUGCACAGAUAAGACUGGGACUCUCACACUCAAUGAGAUGAAAGUAACCAAGUUCUGGAUUGGCCAAGAAACCGUGGCAGAAACUGAAAAUGCCAACUCAAAGGUUGCUCCAGUUGUUCUUCAACUUAUCCAAGAAGGGGUGGCUCUAAACACAACUGGUAGUGUGCACAAAUCCAAUAAAUCAGGUUCUGAAUUUGAGUUUUCAGGCAGUCCCACAGAAAAAGCCAUCCUAUCCUGGGCAGUUUUGGAAUUGAACAUGGAGACGGAGCACUUGACAAAAAGCUGUUCCAUCAUUCAGGUUGAGACCUUCAACUCAAAGAAGAAAAAAAGCGGAGUUUUGUUGAGAAGGAAGGCAGACAACACAGUUAAUGCUCACUGGAAAGGAGCAGCUGAGAUGGUACUAAAGAUGUGCUCAAGAUACUAUGAUGCUUCUGGUACUGUGAAAGAUCUUGACAUUGAUACAAUGUUGAAGUUUGAACACAUCAUUCAAGGUAUGGCAGCUAGUAGUCUUCGUUGCAUUGCUUUUGCACAUGUAGAAGUACCUGAGGAAGAGCUUGGAGAUGAAAACACAACGGGGAAAGUGAAAGACAGUGGUUUAACAUUGUUAGGGGUGGUUGGGAUUAAGGAUCCAUGUCGUCCAGGGGUGAAGAAGGCUGUGGAAGCUUGCCAAAAGGCUGGUGUGAACGUCAAAAUGAUCACAGGUGACAAUGUUUUCACUGCAAGGGCUAUAGCAAGCGAAUGUGGGAUACUCCGGCCAAAUCAGGACACAGCUGGAGCAGUGAUUGAAGGAGAGGAAUUUCGCAACUACACACCUGAAGAGAGGCUGGAGAAGGUGGAAAAAAUCUGUGUGAUGGCCAGAUCUUCUCCUUUUGACAAACUUCUAAUGGUUCAAUGUCUGAAGCAGAAAGGCCAUGUAGUUGCUGUUACCGGGGAUGGCACAAAUGACGCACCAGCACUGAAAGAAGCUGACAUUGGACUCUCUAUGGGAAUUCAAGGUACUGAAGUGGCCAAAGAGAGCUCAGACAUUGUUAUUUUGGAUGACAAUUUUGCAUCUGUGGUGACUGUCUUAAGGUGGGGAAGGUGUGUUUACAACAACAUACAGAAGUUCAUUCAGUUUCAGUUGACAGUGAAUGUUGCAGCACUUGCUAUCAACUUUGUGGCAGCAGUAUCAGCAGGGGAAGUGCCACUCACAGCAGUACAAUUAUUAUGGGUGAACUUGAUCAUGGACACAUUAGGUGCUUUGGCACUUGCAACAGAAAAGCCCACCAAUGAAUUGAUGGACAAACCACCAGUUGGUAGAACAAAACCUCUAAUCACCAAUGUCAUGUGGAGGAAUCUAUUGGCUCAAGCUUUGUACCAGAUAGCAGUUUUGCUGACUCUUCAAUUCAAAGGUGAGUCUAUCUUUGGUGUGACAUCAGGGGUAAAUGACACAUUGAUUUUCAACACGUUUGUUCUCUGCCAAGUGUUCAAUGAGUUCAAUGCAAGGAAGAUGGAGAAGAGGAAUGUAUUCAAAGGCAUACACAGGAGCAAGUUGUUUUUAGGCAUCAUUGCCAUAACAAUAAUCCUUCAGGUUGUUAUGGUUGAGUUUCUAAAGAAGUUUGCUGACACAGAGAGGCUAAAUUGGGGGCAAUGGGCUAUCUGCAUUGGUCUAGCUGCAGUUUCCUGGCCAAUAGGUUGGGUUGUGAAGUUGAUACCUGUCCCAGAGAAACCGUUUCUCAGUUUUUUGAGAAUCAAGAAAUGAAGACAUACCCAUGUAUGGUGCUGUCUUGUGUGAUCAUUCUAUUUGUAUAAUUCCUUUUUUUUUUUUUUAUCUUGUAGACAUUGUAUUAGACAUUCUUUAAAUUCUUUUAUCAUAUGUAUUGUAAUUACAUAUUUCAAUAAUUCAAUAUAACAGAGAUAGUUGAUUUUUUAAUAUGGAAGAAAA